AUGCGCUGGGCACAGCUGGCAGCAGGGAUCUGGCUGAGCUGCCCCGAGUGCCCUAGCUCUUCCGAGAGGCCGCUGGACAAGCCGGAAGUGAAGAGGCAGGAAGCCAGCUGGGCGGGGGGAGAGGGAUGCCUGGCCCUGGCCCUGGGGGGGUGUGUGCUGGAGGCCUGGAGCCUGUCCCCCCACCCCGACGCGCCUGCCGGGCUGCCUGGGGCAGCUGCGACCCUGGAAAAAGGCAGGGGCCAGGCUCCCAGGGGCUUCCAGCUCAGCCCACUGAGCACAGCCACACCGAGGACAGCGCCCCAGUGGGCCCAGGAGGGUCCUGUGCCAGUCCCUGCCCCGCCCCCACCUGCCUCCCACCUCCGGCCUCCCCGGGCGGUGCCUGACCCGGCUGUGCUCUCUCUCCCGCCAGGGUGCUGUGUGGAACUGCUGCUGCUGCUGCUGGCCGGGGAGCUGCCCCUGGGCGGCAGCUGCCCGCAGGACUGCGUGUGCUACCCGGCACCCAUGACGGUCAGCUGCCAGGCACACAAUUUUGCUGCCAUUCCCGAGGGCAUCCCCGUGGACAGCGAGCGCAUCUUCCUGCAGAACAACCGCAUCACCCUCCUCCAGCAGGGCCACUUCAGCCCUGCCAUGGUCACCCUGUGGAUCUACUCCAACAACAUCACCUUCAUCGACCCCAACACCUUCGAGGGCUUUGUGCACCUGGAGGAGCUGGACCUCGGUGACAACCGGCAGCUACGGACGCUGGCGCCAGAGACCUUCCAGGGCCUGGUGAAGCUCCACGCCCUCUACCUCUAUAAGUGUGGGCUCAGCGCCCUGCCGGCGGGCAUCUUUAGUGGCCUGCACAGCCUGCAGUACCUCUACUUGCAGGACAACCACAUCGAGUACCUCCAGGACGACAUCUUCGUGGACCUGGUCAACCUCAGCCACCUGUUUCUCCAUGGCAACAAGCUGUGGAGCCUGGGCCAGGACACCUUCCGGGGCCUGGUGAACCUGGACCGUCUGCUGCUGCACGAGAACCAGCUGCAGUGGGUCCACCACCGGGCUUUCCACGACCUCCGCAGGCUGACCACCCUCUUCCUCUUCAACAACAGCCUCUCAGAGCUCCAGGGCGAAUGCCUGGCUCCUCUGGGGGCCCUGGAGUUCCUCCGUCUCAACGGGAACGCCUGGGACUGUGGCUGCCGGGCGCGCUCCCUGUGGGAAUGGCUGCAGAGGUUCCGAGGCUCCAGCUCCGCUGUCCCCUGCGUGUCCCCCGAGGUGCGGCAUGGCCAGGACCUGAAGCUGCUGAAGGCUGAGGACUUCCGAAACUGCACGGGGCCGGUGUCCCCGCACCAGAUCAAGUCACACACACUCAGCACCGACAGGGCCGCCCGCAAGGAGCACCACCCGCCCCAUGGCCCCACCAGGGACAAGGGCCACCCACAUGGCCAUCUUCCCGGCUCCCGGCCGGGCUACAAGAAGCAAGGCAAGAACUGCACCAGCCACAGAAACCGCAACCAGAUCUCCAAGGCGGGCGCCGGGAAACAGGCCCACGAGCUGCAGGACUACGCCCCUGACUACCAGCACAAGUUCAGCUUUGACAUCAUGCCCACUGGACGGCCCAAGAGGAAGGGCAAGUGUGCCCGCAGGACCCCCAUCCGCACCCCCAGCGGGGUGCAGCAGGCCUCCUCGGGCAGUUCCCUGGCGGCCUCGCUCCUGGCUUGGAUACUGGGGCUGGCAGUUACGCUCCGCUGAGGACCCAGGGCGUCAGCACCCAGCACUGCCACUUGUCCACCAAGGAACAGAAUUUCUUUUCUUCUUUUUUUACAAGUGGAGGGUCUGCUGAGUUUCAGGAAAAGGCUGGUAGAGGCUUUGGCUGCGUUCUCGACCCUGCCGUGUGGAUUAUAAACCCAAGUGUAUAGCCUUGGGCGGGAGGGGAUUAGCGCAUCUCACCCGGCUGCCCCAGCCAGCCCCCGCAGAGCACCCACGGACAGCGUCCUCUCCUGCAAGGUGGUAAAAGGCACACGUGAAUCCUUCAUUAGCAGCAAUGGGACAACUGCCCCUCACGGGAGCUGGGCCCUGUGGAAUCCCCAUCAUCUGGAGAGGUCCGACGGGCCCGGCCGUUCCUGGAGGAAACAGGACUUAGAGAAGAACCACCAGGGCUCACCAAGAGCCCGGGCCGACCAGCAGGCUGGGCGCACACAACAGGUGGCAUCUUGGCUCUUGCCCGAGGCCACGUGGUCAAUCUGCCCUGAAUCCAACCCCACGCCACCUUCAGCCCCACCCGCGGGGGUCACGCCUCUCAUUCCUGAUGUCUCAGGCAACCCUGGCAGACCCAGGCCCAACUGCUGGGGUCCAAGAACCAAUUACCAAAGGAAAGAUCAUCAGAGGCUGAAAUUUAGAACUUCAUCAUGUGCAAUGAGGUUCUCACAGAAGGUGCAGUUUUAUAACUAUGUCCACUUAUAUAUAUACACACCCUACAUAUAUAUAUAUAUACAUACAAAUGCACAGGUCCCCCGGCCCACUCCGUUACCCAACUGUAUGUCUUUUCAUGUUUAUAAACUAUACAGAAAACUGUACCUGCUGAACUAAGGAUUGUAUUGGUGAUUUCUAGCAAGGAAAAAGUUAGAGAGUUUUUGUCUAGAAUCCCAACCUGGCAACCAUCGUCCCCAUGUAACCUGGUUUUGCCAGGGGCCUGGGGUGAGGUGUCAGUGGGGAGGGUUAAGGAGAAGGGGAGGCAGCAAGAAUCACUUCAGGGGACCAAUAUUCUUAGAGACUUAGAACAUCACCUUGUUUUUAUAUGCAACACAAGCCUGUCUGCCACCCUGGAGCACCCUGGCACCCCUGCUACAGUAGCUGUUGGCUUCGGGGUGAGAAGUGAGAAGCAGCUUGUACGCCUUGGGGGUGGGCGAGCUGGAGAAGGGAAGGAAGGGGCUUUGGGAUUUCUGAGCCAGCAGGCGUGGCCGCAUUCACAGUGUUAGUCCAACAGGUUGGACAGUGUUGUCAGCCUGGCCUGUGGCCGGCGACAGUCAGGACAGGCCGGGGAGACUCUGGGCAGGUGCCCAGACCUCCAGCUUGGCUCAGCUGCUGGAUUUUCCUUCAGGCUCUUUGGUGGGAGACCCGGCAAGGACCCUACAUGGGAUGGCAGGAGGGAAGCAUCAGGCGGCCUUAGCAGAAGGGAAUCGAUGCGGGCAUUUCUAGAACCAUCUCAGGCACUUCUGCAUUAGAGGCCCCAUCCUUCCUGGCCCUUCUGGAGAUGCCCAGGGACAGGCAGAGGUCAGGGGGCCAGACUCAGGGGUCAGGAGCAGGGACAGGCAGCGUGCAGGGCACGGGGCGGACGGGCUCCGGUGGACGUUGGCCACGCUGCUGGCCAGGGGCCCCGGUGGGCACCAUCUCCUUUGCGCUUUGCACAAACCUGAAUUCCCCACCAGAGAGGAUGUGUGUGAGGAGCAAGAAACACUGAAUCCAAUUAAGAGAGAAUAAUAAUAAUAAUAAAUUAUCUUGGACAAGAA